UUGAAGACAAGUUUUGCAAAGUUAUUUGAUAUAAAUUAUUUUGACAGAAUGCCAGCAGAAAUACAACAGGAUCUGUGUAAAAUGUGUUAGUAGAUUGAUUGUAUGAAUCGAGUAGAAUUUGUCAUUUCGUAAUCAUUAGCUGACGGUAGCCAAGUUACUCGAGAUUUGAUGGGGCAGGAUUGAAUGAACCAUAAAUCGCCAGUGUUGAAUAAAAAAUAAUAUUCCAUUUGAACAGUUAUAGAAUGACAGAUUCUGUUGGCAAUCUGCUAUCAGAUUAUUCUACUGGUAGAACAUAAGCUGUAAUGUAUAGUACUAUGCCGGUUUUGCCUGCAAAUUCAAAGCACUUAUCUCAUGAUGCUCAUCCGACGAAUCCAUACAAGAACGAUAUUGUGUUAAGUUAUCAUGACUACUUACUCAGAACAUCGGAUGUCGCAUUAUUGGAGAGAAAUGACUGGCUUAAUGACAUUAUAAUAGGAUUCUAUUUCGAAUAUCUGAAUCAACAAUAUAGGAAGGAUAAUAAAAGCCAGUUAUUAUUUAUCGGGCCCGAAGUAGCUCAGUUAUUAAAGAUGCAGGAUUCUUCACAAUAUAAUAUAUUUCUGGAUCCUAUUGAAGCUACAAAUUAUGAUUUCAUAUUCUUCCCUCUUAAUGACUGUGAUAGCAACGAGGCAGGUGGCUCGCAUUGGAGCUUAUUAGUAUAUUCUCGUAUGGAAAAAAUGUGUUAUCACUUUGAUUCGUCAAGCGGUAUUAAUGGCUUUUCUGCGAAAAAGCUUGCACGGAAAGUGACAAAAUAUUUUCUUGAGAAACAGGAGAGAAAAUAUAUUGAAAUGGAUUGUCCACAACAAAAUAAUAACUACGAUUGUGGUUUAUAUGUUUUAUGUUUAGCAGAUAUAAUAUCUAGACACGCUAUAAAAAAUUCUAAAGUAAGCGAUUGUGAUUGUAGUAUUGUUCCAGAAAUGGUUUCAAAAAAACGUAGCAAUUUAUUAAAAUUAAUUCACGAUUUGAAAAGUACAUCUAAUGCAUAG